AUGGAAGACAAAGAACCUCUUGCUCCCGAAAGGACAACAGGCUUCUUCGGCAGCUUGAAUGACGAUCAAUUGUCAUUAUUUCACGAGUUUAAAAAGUAUGCCAACGAGAACAUAGACACGGAAUCAAAACAGCAUUGGUUUGAUAAUAGAACUCUACUCCGCUUCCUUCGUGCAAGGUCCUUCAGUGUGUCCGAUGCGAUCGAUCAAUUUGCAAAGACUGAUGUAUGGCGUAAAGAGGUUGAAAUUGAUCAAAAAUAUCGCUCUAUCUCGCCUGAGGAAUUAUACGUUGCCCAAGCUCAAUAUACCCGCUUUACCGGCAGGAGAGAUCGAUUUGGUGCACCUCUCUUUGUCUAUAGACCAGGCUCUCUGGGUAAACAGCUAUCGGAGAUCAAUGCAACUACUCCACAACGAAGAUUAGAAUUAAUCUCAAUUUUAUCCGAAUGUCUGCUAAAACUCUAUCUACCAAUGUCGGCAGACUUGUAUGCAAGAGAAACUACUCAAACCGCAGAACAACAAGAACAGGACGACAAACCAACAAUCGAGAAUGUGACAACAAUAGUAGAUUUUGAUGGAAUGUCAUUAGGCCUUCUAUGGAAGCUACGCAAUCAUCUGGGACAAGCCUCACAGCUAAACUCUUCUUUUUUUCCUGAAACGUUGGGGAAAACUGCAUUGGUAAACGUUCCGUCGUUCUUUACAACAUAUUGGAAUUUCAUCAAACAAUGGUUAGAUAAAGGCACUCGCGAUAAAAUGUUCAUCGUUUCUUCAAAAGACUUACAAAAUGGCGCUUUACAUUAUCUAGUUGAUCCAAAACAUUUACCGAAAGUCUAUGGUGGGAAAUUGGAGUGGGUGUACGAAGAUGAGCCUAACUUAUGUGAUGAGUUUGUUGACCUUAUAGGGCGGAAGGACAUGCCAAAAGGGCCGACUGAAUGGGUAAAUGGGCAAUUGAAGGUAUAUUGAUUUUAUAGCUGCACUACAAAUUGUGAUUUAUCAAUUCUUCUUUUCUGGUCAUACAAAGAUACAAGUCUGAUGUUUUUCCGCGGUCGGAC